AUGAGCAACGACACGAGCCCGGUAGGGGCGUUCCCCGCCCCGCCGGGCGUCAUCCCCAACUUCGAGAACCCUCGGGACGCCGGAUGGACGCUGAACGUUGCCUCGAUGAGCGUCAUGGCCGCCGUCACGACGCUGUUCAUCGGGAUCAGGACAUACGUGAAGUUCUCCUUGACGACUCCGCUUUUGCCAGAAGACUGUAUGUAUAUUCCCAUGAAAGGUCACCGCGUGGCGGUUUGGAGGGAUGAAGACGGCCAACACGACAUUGAGACAUUUGAGACUGACCUAGAUAUGUCACCAGACACAUGUGUGCUUUCGUAUGCUCUCAUCAUGUUAUAUAUUGCGACGGUGUUUGUCAUGGCACAUUACGGCGAAGGGUAUCAUGCCUGGGAGCUGACCAAAGAGUCGUACCAGGAAGUGAUGCGGUGGCUCUACGCAAGUUCCAUCGUCUACAUCCCGGCGGCAUAUUUCACAAAGGUAACGCUGCUUCUCUUCGAAGCACGCGUCUUUGAGGUCCACGAGCGGACCUCGCGCGGCAUCCGCAUCUUCAUCGUCAUCCUCCUCAUCUGCUACAUCCCCCUGCAGACGAUCAAGGUCAUCAUCUGCCUGCCGAUCUCGGCCUUCUGGGACCCCAAGACGCCGAACCCCACGUGCCUGAACCAGCGCAAGGUCUUCAUCGCCGACCUGAGCCUGGCCAUCAUCACCGACUUCGCCAUCCUCGCCCUCCCGAUCCCGCUGCUCUGGGGCCUGCGCAUGCCCCUGCGGAAGAAGCUCAAGAUCCUGACGCUCCUCGGCGCGGGGGGCAUCGCCACGGCCGUGACCGUCUUCCGCAUGUACCUCGUCGUACAGUUCCUCGGGUCCACCGACGUGACGGCCGAUUUUGUUGUGCUGGACAUUGUAACGGCACUGGAGAUUGUGAUUGGCGUCGUCUGCGCGUGUCUGCCGUCGACCAACAUCCUCUACGAACGUAUACGAAGAAACGAGCCGAAGCCGACGGGCAACCUCCCGCGAACGGCGCACAAAGCCAGACCGAAGCCCACGCACUCGUCGUACAUGUGGAGUAUCAUGACGACCAAGAAGCAGACGAGGUCGGCGCGCACCGAGGCCGCCAUGUCGGAGCGGGAGCCCAGCCCGAACUACCGAACCAACUUCGACACGGAGCUGGCGAUCCUGACCGGCCAGCCGAUGGGGACGACGGCGCCCAAGGAGGAGUUGGAGGUCCAGAGCGAGCCGAACAACAACGACAACAACAACGACAACAACGAAAACAACGACAACAACGACACCCACGAUGACCGGGUCUACAAUCCCCGGGCGAACUCGAUCGACGGCCGACGCGAGGGGUGGCUCGCACCGGGGACAGAGGGCUCCUCCGGCCGGGGAUCCGGGAGGGGGGGCACGCCGAACUGGCAGCGCCACGAGAUCGAGGCGAGGAAGUCCUGGGAGGCCGCCUGGGAGGUAACGGUGCCCCGGGGCCGGCUGCCGUCCAUACCGGAAGACGGCGGCCCCCCCCGGCUCGAGCUGAGGACGCACUCGUCGUCGGAUUGGGGGAGCCUGAAGCACGUUUGA